GUCGAUUACAUUUAGUUUUGUUGACACCACAAAACAACACCGAACGACUCAUAAAAAUAAGCUCAUCUAAAGCUUAACAGUGAAAACCGAGGCGUCUUUCUUCGUCAAGCGGAGGAAGCUGCUAGCGUUUUUAGCUACGUUAACGUUAGUUAGCUAGAUAGCUAGCUAGCAAGCUAAGGUCUGUCACUUGCCUGAAAUGUCUGCUUCGCCUGCUGCGCAGUCAUCCGCUUUGGUCUCUCCUGGUUCAGGGAUGUCAAUGUUUCGGUGGUUGGAGGUGCUCGAAAAGGAGUUUGAUAAAGCAUUUGUGGAUAUUGAUUUAUUGUUGGGAGAAAUCGACCCAGAUCAAGCAGAUAUUACAUAUGAGGGCCGCCAGAAGAUGACAAGUCUAAGCUCCUGUUUUGCUCAGCUAUGUCACAAAGCACAGACGAUUUUCCAGCUUAAUCACAAAGUUGAGGCCCAGCUGGUGGACCUGAAGUCGGAGCUGGCCGAGACUCAGGGGGAGAAGGCCGUGGUGGAGAGGGAGGUACACGACCAGCUGCUGCAGCUGCACGCAAUGCAACUCCAGCUCAGCGCCAAGGCUGGCCAGGCCGUCGACUCCGACUCCAUCAAGGACCGCAUGCCCGUCCCCCCUGUGGAGGUCAUGGAGAGGGAGCUGGCGGCCAACAAGAAGGAGAAGCUGAAGGAGGCCAAGCUGGAUGCUGAGGUGAAGAUGCACAAGAAGGAAAACGAGGCCCUCCGCAGACACAUCGCGGUACUGCAGGCUGAGGUGUAUGGCGCACGCCUAGCUGCCAAGUACCUGGACAAGGAGCUGGCAGGGAGAGUGCAGCAGAUCCAGCUCCUGGGUCGUGACAUGAAAGGACCGGCGCACGAUAAACUGUGGAACCAGCUGGAAGCCGAGAUUCACCUCCACCGCCACAAGACAGUCAUCCGAGCCUGCAGGGGGCGCAACGAGCCAAAGAAGCCUCUGGCCUCACCCGUGGGCCAUGAGCCUGACUCCCUGAAGAAGACUCAAGGUGUGGGUCCCAUUCGCAAAGUAGUCCUGACCAAAGAAGACCACGAGGGCCUCGGAAUCUCCAUCACGGGAGGGAAGGAGCACGGCGUCCCCAUCCUGAUCUCGGAGAUCCACCCUGGCCAGCCGGCGGAGCGUUGUGGGGGGCUGCAUGUGGGCGACGCCGUCCUGGCUGUCAACAGCAUCAACCUGAGAGACGCCAAACACAAGGAGGCCGUCACCAUACUCUCACAGCAGAGGGGAGAGAUCGAGUUCGAGGUGGUGUACGUGGCCCCUGAGGUGGACUCUGACGACGAGAACGUGGAGUACGAGGACGAGAGCGGCCAUCGCUACCGCCUGUACCUGGACGAACUGGAGGAGGCCACGGGCCCCAGUCGGAGCAACGGCACGGCUGACAACGCCUCCCUACAAGCCGCCCUGGAGAAGAUGUCGGUGAGCGACGGAGCCGAGAACGGAGACACGGGCAUCUCGAGCGAGACCGCAUCUGAGGAGACCCCCUCCAAAGUAGUCGAGUCAUCUGAGAGCUCCUCGUAAACACGGGAGAAGAGAGGACCCGGAGGAGGAGGAGGAGGAGGAGGAGGAGGAGGUGUGGGUGGUGGGGUGGGGUGUGGUGACUGGGGGAGAGCUGCCGGAGACUCUGUACAUGUGUGAUAUAGCCAGUGUUUGUGUCACAAUAUGACAAGUGGCCGCAUCAAAGUUCACUGGAUGGAUGAGACAUAUUUAUUAGGUGGCGGGGAGAGGGGGUCUGGAAGACCUGAGGGGUGGGGGCCAGGGUGGGGCACACAAACUGAGGAACGCUCAGCUACAUGGAAAUACUCUCAGAACACUUGGAUCUGCUACCUUUUCCCCCCUGUAGUUAGUCCCUUUGCCUUGAGGAGAGGGGAAAUGAGUGCAAGAUUUCAGUCCGGAGAAGAGGAGGGGGUCAAGAGGAGAACUGUGGACGAGUUUCAGAAGAUGCUAUAAGACAUUUACUCUUUUGAUGUCUUUUUUUUCCCCGGUAUAAUCAAAUGUGUGGUUACUGAUGCCCUUGGCCUGAUCCGUUAUGGCACUAACUGCCAGUGCUACGAAUGAAAGAGUAGGAUCUCUGCAUUUAACAGUUUAUACAUCUACUAAUAACACGUUCUCUUACACGUAGACCGCACACCCACUUACUGAUAUUGAUUUGUAGAUAUUGUCUGUAGUACACAAUCAAAGUUAUGUGUUGAAGUACUGAAGACGAUCUGCCCGUGUGUAAACGCCUUCCUCAUAUUCUGGCUUUUGAACUCUAUGCCAACGAAGGCUGGUGAAACCUCCCUGUCAGGCUUGUGAAGCGUCCGAGUGUGACUUUCAGUGUUCUCUCUCUUUUCUUUUCUCUUCUUCCUCUUCCUCUAUCCAUACUCUUCUCGCACACAACGCGAUAUAUACUGGAUGGCAUUUCAUUUCAGAAGGGGCAAUACAAAAUCAGAUGAGCAGUAUUUUUUGAACGUUUGGUAUUUAUGUCACUACACAGUCUUAAGUGUGUGAAGACUUUAAAUGCAUUUGGAGUGCCAUGGAAUCUGCUGUUUUCAUGGUUUCUCUGGAGACUAGAGAUUAUGUCAAUGACUGGUUGUGCAGGGAACCGAUUACCCCGAUUAGCCAGACCGAUUAGCAUUAGCGUUUGAAAAGGGCUAGUGCUCCCGUCAGACCUACAUGUAGUCAAGACUAGCCUGGAGUCCAGCCUGGGGACUAAAUCAAGGCAAUCUGGGCCAGGAUAGUGUUCUUACACCCAGCCAUGUUACACUGGCUCAAAGGGUCAUACGUGUUUAAGGUCAUUUUUAUGGUUUUAUUAAACAAAAACUAAAGAGCUGUGCUGAUUAAGCUGCUAGCUGCUGCGAGCAAACUAUUUUUUUCCUCCGACCCAAAAGUGUAAGCUUUCACAGCCGCAGCCUAAGCAGAGGAGAGAAGCGGUCAUGUAAAAUUGAUUAUGAUUGCAGUGAAAGAGGCUGAGCAGGACCCCCUUCAAAUGAAAUAUUCAGUGAGGCAUGACACAGCGCUCCCCACAACACCUCGCUUUAGCUCCGAAGCCUGGUGUGAAAAGUGCAAUACGUCUUUUUUUUUUUUUAUCCCCACCUUCCUGAAGGAGCAUUUUUAGACGUUUCUUCUCGGUUUGUGUUGAUUUUACAGGCCAGCUUUGUUUCGUUCUGCCUCUCAUGCUGUCCUCGCUGAGUCAUUUAUUCAGAGGAGUUUUUAUUUUUUCCUUCCUGGAGCCCAAAGAUGACUUUGUAGACUAUAUUGGUUGCAAUGCACCCUGAUUAUUUCCUUGAGAAUACCCAGAUACCCGGGUAACUGGCAUGCAGUUUGGAUUGUUGGAUGAUAGAAACCUUUAUCAUUCAUUCGUCAGUGCAAACAUGCAAACAGGGGUAAAUGGCAAUAACAGAAAACCGAAAGUCAAAAUAUAGCCAGUACAUAUUCAGAUAGCAGUAUCCUGACCUGGAGGACGUCUCAAACCCAUAUCUAUACACUAACACAGGUUUGUUCCUUUUCAGGCAGACCAAGAAACAUGUUCAACUAUUUGCUCCUCUCUGCUCUGCCAUGCUACUGGUGUGAUUGUGUUUUUCACUGAGCGUAGGCCCUUGGGGAAGAGAAAGACGGUGAUGGUUUUGACAAUCUGAAGUCUAGAGCCUCACUGACAUUACGUAUCAGUCUGUGGCUGAAGAGGGUGCUUGUGGUAGGUGUCGUGCUGUAACUGUUAAGCAUGGAGCUACGGAGGGUGUGUGUGGGGGGCACCAGGACCAUGCGUGUGCCCAUGGAGCUGCCUGCUGUGGCUGCUGGAGAUGGCAUGAUACUGUGAGCAGUCGCACUUCUCCGUGGGCAUCAGCCGUGCACCCUGAUGCUGCCACGGCUUCCUUUUUGAGAAGAUGUCCAUAUCUACUGCCUGUUGAGGGUGACUAUGGCCUGAAAGAACAAAGGUUCUGGUUUAUGUAUAGUUCUUUUUUUUUUCUACCUGUAUUUGUUUUCUUUGUCUUUCUUUUGUAUGGGUUGUGUUACUUCUUCUUUGUUAUCCUUUCAGAUGACCUGUUUCUUAAUGUCAAAAAGAGAUGUAUUUCUGGAACCUGGGAUGAAUUUGGUAUAAAUGUCUUAUAUAUGUAGUUAAUGUACAACAUGAAACAUUUGAAUAAAUUACAUUUUGCCCAA